AUGAGAAGUAUAACCAAUUCGAGUUAUGAAAAUGUGGAUAGUUUGAAAAAUGACAGAUCUCUUCAUAAUAUAAAAACAAAUAAACAUGUGGUUGAAGGGCGGACUGAUCAUUCUAGCAGUGCCACUAAAGAAGAUAGACAAAUGGAUGAAAUAAAAGGAAGUAAACAAAAUGAAGAAAGAAUAAGUCUAUAUGAUAAGAAAGAAGAGUGUAAUAAAGUUACAAAUGAAAUUCUACGAAACCAUGAUAAAUUAUUUAACCAUGAUCAACAUAACAUGAAGAUAAUGAAUAAAAUAAAAAAUGAUGAAUGGGUCGAAAAAAGACAACAAACAUUUAGUACUAAUGUUUCCCAUGUAAAUUUUUUAAAAAAAAAAAAAAAAAAAAAGAACAUUUUUGGUAUUCACUUGUCUAAGAAGAAAUGUCAAGAAAAUAUAGAAAAAAUAAAUGAAAAAAUAAAUUGCACAAUGAAAAGGAUAUUCAAAUUGUAUAAGGAAUCAAACAAAAAGCAAUAUUUAUCAAUGUUAUUCCAAAUGAAAGAUAUUAAUUGUUUUUUUAGUUGCAUGUUCUUCUGUUUGUUAAUUAUAUUUUCCAUUAUGAAUGAAUGUGUUGGAGCAUUACUGUCCACCUUGCUAUUGAUAAUAUCGAUACAGUUAAAAUAUAGCCGAUCAAACAUGGCUUUGUUAAAUUCAAUUAUUGCAAUUAUUUUCAUUUCCGUCGCCACUGCAUAUUCCUUUUCUAACAUAAAAUAUAAGGAUAUUCAUGGUCCUAGCAACGCACAAAUUGAUAUCACAAACGCUAACACGAACAGGAAACUGUUAAUCCUAGAAACAAUCAUAUGUCUAGUUUAUGCUUCCAUUUUAUUUAUAUAUAUGUUUUCAUUACGAUCUGUAAAGAAAUUCAGACAAAGACAUAUCUGGGUAUAUCAUCAUAUAGUUACCUUUUUUAAUUUUCUAGAUAUAGGAAUCCUCUUUACUUUUGGCAUAUUGGCAUUUUUCUGCAUAUUUAUCUGUCUAAAGGAUACACUAUUCAUUAUUAUUUCUUCCAUUUUAUUUUCGAGCAGUGUUCUUACCUAUUCCCUUCGCAAAUACAGUAGCAUAGCAACACUGAUAUUCCAGACAGUUAUGAUUAUAACAAACACAAUUAUAGCUAGUGCAUCUUUAACAAAGAAUAUCACAAUGGCCAAAAUUGUAGAUAUUCCAUCUGAUGGAUUACAAGAAUUGCAUAAUAAGAUAUAUCUCUUCUACAUGGUAUUUCUUAUCUUUUUUUUGGUUCUUCAUUUGUUAUACAUUUUUUAUAUUUUCUUUUCAUAUACAAAUGUUUUGUCCAAGUGCUUUUCCCAAAGAUCAGCAUACUACUCGAGUAUCUUUCCUCACUCUGCAAGUAUUGAGGGUGGUCACGAUAGCUGGAAUAAUCACGAGAGUGCGAAUGGGCACAAUGAUGAUGAAAGUGAUCAGAAUAAUAUGCAAAAUGAUAGAUGUAAAAAUGGGAACAUCCAGAACAUGGGAGAAAUCCAUUUUGUCAGAGAAAAGUAUGUGCUAAGCCUAGACGAUAAUAACAAAAUUCUAAAUAUUCAGAAGAAAAGCAUCAAAAAAAUAAAUAUAGAUAUGGACAAGUACAUGUACGAUGAGCUUCAUUUGUAUAAACAUCUCUUAUUAAAUACAGUAACCGAAUUGAAGCAUUCAUUGGGGAAGCACAAAGAAAGAAGAAUCUCCAUGGGUGAUCGAAUAUAUAGGGGAAAAAUGGGGAAUCCAAAAAAUUUCAAAGGAACAAAACGAUCAAGUAACCCAAAACACGAAAACAAUAAUCAUGUUGAAGAUUUCAUACUAAGCAUAAACGGAGAAUCAUCCGAAUGUCUGAGUAAUUACAAUGACACUGAUGAUGAUGCCCAUAUCAUCCAAAAUAAAGCACGAUAUAGGAAUAAAUACAAGAAUAAUGCAUAUAAACGUACCCCUUUUUUGUUAAAGAAUUUGUCACUCAUUAAGGAGGAAAGAAGCAGGAAUAAGAAUAUUCAAAGUAAACCAUUAAUGAAUCAUGAUCUUUACCUUACCCAUUGUGAAAAUGAUAUAUAUUCUUCAGCAUCCUUAUUUCACUCGAAAUAUACAUACAUAAUAGAUGUGUUGUUAGAAAAUUAUGAUGAGCUCAUAUUUUACUUAAAUAAAAGGAAGUUCUUCAUGAAAAUAAUCCAGUUACUUGAAGGAGGUAAUCCUUGUGAUAAUAGAAAAAAUGGUCUAAAUGAAGGAGAUAUAAUGAACGAUGGAUCAGUUGUAAAUUCAAAUUCUAAAUAUCUUCUAGAAAAGAAUAGUAAUAACGUAUCAUCGGUUAAUUUAUCUCAUCCUAUUUGUGAGGACAAUGCAGAGUCAAUCCCUCUUGAUACAUUAUCCCCCCAAAUAGACUCACUAAAAAAUGCCACCUCAUCAUCCCUCGAAGAAAACAGCUCCCAUUACAUGAAUACAAAUUUUAUCAGCCAAUUGAGUACAAGUCCACGAUUAGUAAAUGAAUACGAAAAAGAGAAUGAAAACGUAAAUAAAUCCAGAAAUUUAUCAAAAUGUAAAAAUUGUUUGAUAAACAAUGCGCCAAUAUGCACGGAUCUGCUGAACACAAUUGAAGAGGAUUUAAGUGAAUGCUACUCAAUGUUCAUACUAAAUUCAGACACAAACACAAAAUAUGAAAAAGGAAAUUCCCUAUUUAGCAACUUUAACAAUGAUUACAUGAACAUUCCAAUAUUUCCCACUGCGUCAAAAUUUCCAAAUGAUGAUAAAAGUAGCAAAAAGGAAGAGAAUAUAUUCUGGUACUAUUAUCCAGGUAUUAUCGGAAGAGUAUAUAAAGAAUGGUUAAAAUGUAAAAAUUUAGAUUAUAAAAAAAUGAAUAACGAUUUUUAUUAUCUUUUCACUAAUUCAAAUUCAUUACAUGAUUUCAUAAAAAGUAAUCAUACAACCUUGGAAAAACAAGAAGACGUAAAAUUGUUUGAUAUUAGUCAAGUAUUAAGUAGUAAUAAAAGUAUAGUGAACACGAUUAAGAAAUCUUUUUCAUCUGUAAAGGGAUCAAACUUAUUUACUGAAGAUAUAUAUAAUAUAAAUUCCUUAAAUGGAAUUAUAAAUAACUUUUUAGCUGAUAUCAAUACCGAUAUGGAAAGUUUUUAUUUAAUUAAUUCAAAAAAAACACAACCAUACUUAGAUGACAUCAGCAUAAAGCAAUUCCUCUUUUCGCUCCAUGAACACAAUGGGAGCGAAUUAACAUGUGAAAAAAUGACUCUACCCCCAUCAAGGUUUAUUCCAGAUUUAAUUGAACAACUGGAUCAGAUAGUUGUAGAAAAUAUUUCACAGAACUGUGUGCAGAGGAUGGAUUGUUCCAUUAGUAUUGAAAAAAAAAUGGUUCCAUAUGAUCGUGACAGUUCAGAUGGGUCUAUACAAAAUGGUGUCUUUAAAGGGGAAAAACAAACUAUGGGGAAAAUCACUCUCGAACAGACACGCGGACAGACACACGAAGAUUUAAUAAAUAUCAACCCUACAUACUCUCCUAAAAAUCAAUGUGAAAAUUUUGAUUUGAACGACUUGCUAAAUUAUGCAGAAUCGCUGAUCAUGCAAAAUAAGCAAAACGAAUUGGCCAAAGAAAGUGUCUUACUAAAUAAGGACGAUGUAAACGUACAAAUGCAAAACGAUUCAGAUGCAGAUUCGACAGACAUAAAACAUUUUGACGAAAUUUUGAGCAACUUCAUUAAAAAUUUUGUGUCAACCAGAGAUAAUAAUAUGCAACAUAAUAGCUUUAAACAAGGUGGAGAGAAGGAUGAGGAACAGAUAAAUUCUUUGAAAAAUAUAGAAGAAAUUUAUUCCAAUAUUAAAAAAACUAUAUGUGAUGAAAAACAACUGAGCAAGGCAGCUAACGGGGAAGGUAGAAACUCACCAAAUCAUAACUUCGAACUUGAAAGUACUCAAAAAAAUGGAGAACAUUUAGCCAAACAAAUAAUUAAUACAAAGAAGAAGGAAAUGUAUCUAAAAAAACGAAACUUGCAUAAUAAUCAUUACCUUUCGGAUACAUUAGAAAAAGCAGAAAUCCAAAAAGGGGAAGAAUAUAUGAAAGAGAAUUACGAAAAUGGGAAAGACAAACAUGAAAAAUUAUAUGACACCAAUGCAUUAAUCAAAAUACACACAAAUGAAGGGAAGAAACAAUGCAUGAAUAAACUUAAUACAAUUAAGAAUAAAUCCAAGAACAGCAUUGAAUGUUUAAGAAAAAAAAGCAAAACAGAUACGAGCCAGCUGUCAUACAGUGAACUUAAUGAAUACAUAUACAACGAUUUAAAGAAUGAAAAAAAAAAAAAAAAAAAAAAAAUGUAUAGCAAUACGAUUUUAAGUAAAAUUCAUUGCACCUCCUCAGAUGAUGAAAGUAUGAACAUGAAAACGAGUUCCAACAGUAGCAAUGGUACGGAAAACAACGAAGAUCAAAAUAAGAGAAAAAAUAAAAUUCAUGAAAAAAACAAUUUUCUAGUUUUACAUAAUCAAAAGGAUGAUCAUUUAAGUAAGACACAAAACUUGAAUAACAUCUCCGAACAUUUUGCUAAUUUUUACGCAACUGAUGGUGGACACGUACUCAACAUGCAUAAGGAGUUUGCAUUCAUCGAUAAAGGGUAUUUAUCCAAUCUGAAAAAUGUAGAAAAAGGACAAGGAGGAAAAGCAAACCAAUGGACACAACAUACCAAUGGAAAGAAUAGCCCUUCAUGUAGUAAUAGUAUCAGCAGAACCUAUGAAAGGGAGAAUUCAAACUCUGAAAAAAUAGGAGAUAUAUAUUGCAAUAUAGAACAAAGAAAAUCGAAGGAUGAUAUAAUUGAGGGGGAGAUACAUAUUCAAAAUAACGAUAAAAUAGAUGAUAAGGCAAAUUCUAAUUAUAAAGGAAACUCUAAUAAUGCACUCCUUCGGGAUAAGCAUAAAAUGGAAAGAAAAGAAGAAAAAUAUAAAAAAACUGGAGCUGAAUCAAAGAUUGCAAACAAUAUGAAAAAUAAUUUUUUUCUUAGUGAAAACAACCAGAAUAACAAUUCUGUAAGGAAAGUGAUGCAAUAUUCUCAAUAUCAAGCAACAGCUAAUGACGAAUACAAACAUGGGGGAACAGAAAAAAAUAUCAAAAUAGAAAAAUACAAAGAUAAUAUUUGUAAAGAGAUAUCUAUACACCAGUGGAAAGAAAAAGAAAAUAAAAAAAUUAAUCAUCAAAUUGUAGAUGUAAAUGUUAAUGCUGUAAACGACAUAUCAAAAGACAUACCCUCAGUAGAAAAACACUACAUGUAUAGUAGCCAAGUGUGCUACAACGCUUCUAGGAAUAUUGAUUCAGCAAAAAUUUGUACAAAAAAUGUGGAAGAGAAAAAUAAUGGUUCACAUAUAUUCUCCAGUUCUCAUCAAACGAACAGUAAUUUUAACCUUGACACGCAAGAUCUUAUAAAAGAUUUGAAAAAAUAUUUAUCUUCAUCCUCAAAUAAUGUAGAUGUCGAGGAUAGUAUACUGAAUGACACAUUCCUACUCGAAUUUAUCAACAAAUAUUUGGAAAAUAGCAACCCAUGUAAUCUUAGCAUAUAUAACGAAGUACUUUUUGAUAAAGCAAAAGAAAACAUGAGCGGAGACACUAGUAAUUCAGAUACCUAUAAAGAGAACAACGAAAUGAAGAACGAAUUUAUGGAACACUCAAUGGACAACAAUACAAAAAAAGUGCGAACCAUACACUUAGAUUUUUAUAACGAAAAAAAACUGCAAAAGGAGAAAGACAAAAUCACAAAGGAUGAUUUCCAUUCCAAUUUUUAUGAUGCUCAUAUAGUAAAUUUCCUCAAUACAUACAUGUUGGAAAACAGCAAUCGGUUAGUUAAAAGCGCUGUCUUGAAAGAGAAGCAUACAAAUAACACGAAGCUGGAAGAACAUCUAGAAAAGACAAAAGAAUCAUUAGAAGCAUCGUCCGAAUUGUCGUAUAAGAAGAGCGAAAAGAAAGAAGAUAUAUCUAGAUUUAAUUAUGAUAAUUAUAAACAAGACAAAUAUUACUACAUUGAUUAUAGCGAUAAACAGGAGGAAGGGCAAAACAAAGUGGAAAAUAGUAUCUCAAAAGGAACACAUCUGAAAACAAUAAAAAAUGACACACUUAUACAGAAAAAUAUGCUAGGGUUGGAAAUUAAUAAGCACCAGUUCAACUCUAAUUCGAUAAAUUUCAUUAGUCCCUAUGUACCUCGUAACUCCAAUGGGGUAAUCGGCUAUAAUUCUAGAGAUCGAAACGGACAAAUGAUGUUCGAAUUAAAUAAGGAAAAAAAUAUGCUCCAAGAGUUACGCAGUUCUAAUGGGGAGAGAGAAAAAAUAGAAGAACGAAAGGGUAAACUUACUAAUGAAUAUACUCAGAAACAAGCAAAUAGUGAUAUUUUUUACAGCAUAAACAAUUUUGAAAAUCUAGAAGAAGAUGAAACAUUUUGUCAUUUGAAAAAAAAAAUGGAAAAUAGGAACCAUCAUUCCAUGGAGGAAAAAGAAAACAUAAUUAAAAAGGCAGAUUUAAACUUAGUUUUACAAAAUAUUGAUAACUCGGAAGAGAAUAAAGAUUUUACCCCAUCCGAUGAAAAGAAUUGUUCAGGAAGUUUAGAAAUGUUAAAAAAUGCAAAUCAAAACCAUAUUUAUCAACCAGAUGUAAAUAUUUUUAACGAAAGCUAUGGCUUUCAAAACAAAAUAUCAGAUAGUAGUUCAUCCACAGAUAAUGAUUUAACAGGACUACUAAUUGGUAGUGAUGUAUUUUAUGAAUCCUUUGCUUAUAAAAGUAUAACAGAUAUAGACAAUAUGAAAAGAAGAAUACAUGAGUAUAACAAUAAAGGAGUAACAUAUAACGAAAAUCAGAGUGUGUACGAAAAACAUGGUUCAAACGUAAUUAAUGACACAAUGAAUGGAACUAGUUCAAAAGAUAAAAAAAAUUACAUCCAUGGACAGGUUAAAAAUAAUACAAUGGUACUAGAUAAGCAUAGCCAUGUUAGCAACGAAAAAAGUGAUAAGAGAAGUCAUAACCUUGAUGAUAAAACAAAUGAAGAAAAGGAAAAAGUGGAUCAAUAUCACGAUGCAGUUUCACUCAUUUCAUACAAUUCUGAUUAUUCAAAACUCCACGACGAGGUAAAAACGAAAUAUAAUAACAACUAUUUCGUGAGAAAAAACAUGAACGGUUCAGAUAAGGUAAGCAAUCACCAUGGUAAUACACACAGCGGGGUAGUAAACAGAGGUGAAGUCAGUCCAAAUGAAGAAAACGCCACAUAUAUCUACUUGGAUAAACGUACUUAUAAAAAAAAAGAAGAACAACAAGAACAACAACAUGUUAAAGAGGAAAAUUAUGCACAAAAGAAUUUUAUGAAUUAUGAAAUUUAUGAUAAUUCAAAAAUUGCAGACGGUAACAUUGCCGGAAGUGGCAUAAAUGAAAAGGAUCAUUCGAAAGGGAAAACCUAUGGCGGAGCGAAGAAAGAAUCGUUUGACGAAGCGAAAAAGGAAUCUCUUGACAAAGCGAAGAAUGAUUCUCUUGACGAAGCGAAGAAAGAAUCGCUUGACGAAGAGAGCACCGAAGAGCAAGGCAAACAAUUCGCCAAAACAUCUUACGUGCAGGAAAAUAAAAUAAACCUAUGUAACAACGGUACAAAAAUGAAUGAAAAUACGUUUGAUAAUGCUGGAAAAGAAGACAAUAAUAUGAAUAUUCCUCAGUCUGACAAUAACAAUGUUACGAAAAUGCUGAUAUAUAACGAAUCAGAAGCAUCCAGGACUCUAUUCUCUUCCUUAUAUAAGAGGAAAUUAUACAAUCGAAAUAGAAGUGCUUCAAGCAAUUCUUUUACGGGAAUGAGCUCUUCUUCUAUGUCAAGUAAAACUCCCAUGGACACAAAAAAAGACUUGUUGAAUAACCACUUAAAAGGUAAUAAUAAAUCGGAGGGCUCAAGUAGUAUAGAAUUGUAUCAAGUCGAAAAUGGUCAGACGAAUGAGUACAAGAAGAAAACUAACAAUCUGUAUCAGCAGUAUCCCAUGGAGAUAGGAGAAAGCGGAAUCAAUAGCAAACGAGACGGAGAAAACAUCUAUAAUGACAGUAAUGCUACCAAAGAAGGAAAAAAAAAAAAUGAAAAUCAAAAUGAAGAUGAAAUAGACAUGGGCAUAGAAGGAAAUGGAGAUAUAGGUUAUGAUUAUUGCAUUGAUGGAAAUACACACAAAAAUAGAAUGAAGAGAAAGGACAAGAGAACACUCAAAUACAACGCAAAAUUAGCAGUCACAGAGGAAACAUCUAUUAAUUUAGAAAAUUCGAAAAGAACUGAAAGUGAUUUCGAAAAUGAAAACUGCAUAACGAAAUCAGAAUUUUUAUAUAAAAAUCGUUACAAUCACAUAAAUGAAGAAAAGGAAGAAGGAAAAAAAAAAUAUAACCAUUAUCCCAUAAAGGGUAAGAUUAUAAACAAUAGCGAUAAUAUUUUUAAUAACUCAAAUUACAUCCAACAUUUUAACAGCAUCAUUAAAACUUAUUCAUGGUCACCUGAAAAUUUGCAUAUUGAAGAAAAUAAUUGUUCUUUCAAAAAAUACAAUACAUGCAUAGAUACUGCUAGCACAGAAGAUAGUGAUGACGCAUCCAAAAUAUCAAAUUUCGUAAAAGAUAUCUUUGAACAAAAUUCAAAUUCUAUUAUUUCAUCAAGUGAAUACGAAAAUGUAGGAAAAAAGAAACAUAAAAAACAAUUCAAUUCUGAAAAAAAAACACAUUCCCCUUUAAAAUUACAUAAAGGAAAAAACGAGUACAAAUACAAAAGUAUACAUGAGGAAGUUAUGAAAAAUAUAAAAACAGACACACAAGAAUCUUUUAUCGAGUUAAUAGAACAGGGUGAUGUUUUCCCAACCAUCAGGAGGAGAACUGAAGGAAAUGACACUCUUCAUGAUAAUAUUUUUUCUAAUAAUUACAAAAAUUUGGAAAGAAAAAAAAAGAAAUUAUCAAAACGGAAUAUGUCAAGUGUUCAAGUUACGGAACAUAAGAAUUAUUCUAAUGAAUGUAAACACAUACGAGAUACUAGUGAACAGAUCUAUGAAACCAACGAAAAUAAAGAUUUUGAAGAAUUGCAAAACUUAUCAGAUAAUGGUCUUAAGUUUGAUGAUGUAAAAAUAUUUACAGAUGAUGGAUUCAAUGAUGAGUACAACUAUUACAACUGGAAUGAAAUGAAUAAUGAAGUUAAUCGCGAAAUGAAUAAAACAAAAAGUUAUAGAAAAAAAUAUUUUUUGAAAAAAAAAAUUAACAAUUUGAAAAUGUUAGAACAAGACUUUAAUAUUGACUACAUAAAUACCAACUUAAGCGACGAUAUUUAUCUCACUAGUGCGAGUGGACUCAAAGAGAGUAAUAUCAGUUCUACCUUUUACAACAACACAGAACGUAUGCGAAGGACCUUAACUAAUGCUGACGCGAAUUCAAGCAAUAUAUACAACUCAGAAAAAAGAGGCAUGAAAAAUGUAAAAUCGUUCAAAGCAUUCAAAGCCUUCAGCAUGUCUGAAAAAAAGGCUAUUUCAAAGGGGAAAAAAGAAAAUAGAACAAAAAUACCCUUAAAGACAGGGAACAAUACGCAUGAUUCCAAUUAUGAAAUAAAAAAAAAUUUAACAAAAAGCAACCUAAGGAAAAAUAAUAACACAACGGUCACCACUUCAUUCAAUGAUGAGACAAUUAUAAAAAACAAUACAGCUGUUAAAAAUAUCAUGCCUCUUUACGAACCUUUUCACAUAAAUUCCAGUUUCUCAUUCGAAUCAAAGUACAAGGAAAAUUUAUGGAAAAAAAUAAAAAGCGAAGAACCUGAAAAAGAGGUGAAUCUAGUAAACGGUUCCCAAACUGAUGCCCGUAUAGUCCAACAUACAGUGGAGUAUUACCCAAAUGACAACAAAGCAAUCCAUAACAAGUAUGGAAAUGUGUCAAACAACUCCAGUAAGAACAUUAUAAAGAAGAAUUCUAAGGGAGGUAUAGAGAAAAAUUCAGUAAAGCAAAAAAAAAAAUCAUUAUCCCUUGAAAAAACAAGAAAAAAACAUUUGGGUGAAGAUCUAGCUAAUGCCUCCAAAAAAAAUUCGGUGCACGAUUUAAAAAAAAAAUUGGCCGCAAAAAAUACCUUAGCAAAAAAGGAACAAGUAAAAAAUUCCCCAAAUCAGAAUAGUAUCAACAAGGGAUUAAAAAAAAAGGCUCAUAUUGACCCCAAAAAACUUACUAGCGUUAUUCAAAAUUUUAAAAAUUCUAAAACAAUAUCCUAUGAUAUUGUAAAAACAGGCCAAGUUAAACAAUCACUCUCAAAUGUAGAUGCAUCAAACAAGAAACGUAGACCCAUAAAACUGCGAUAUUCAGUGGACAAUUUCUACAAUGUCAUAAAUAGUGAGGAUGACGUGAAUGAGGAAAUGUUCAUCAACAGUAGUAAGUGA